CAGGUCUGCUAAAGAAGUCAAUCCUUAGUUCUUAUGAAUCCCAUCUUAUGCGCUCCACAGAGCAAUGAAAAUCAGUUGCAGGAGCUAGAGUUUACCAGCCUGAUGCAAGAAAAUAAGAAACUCCGUUCGAAGUUACUGGAAUUGGAGAGAGGGGAGGAAGAUCUUAAUCUAAAGGCGCAACAACUUUGGAGCGGACUUGGUGAUCUCGAGUCUGAGUACAUGGGAAUGUUGGUUGAAUUGGGCGUUAUACAACGAUUAAAGACGCAAGAAAUACAAUGGAUGAGUCUCUCUUCUUCUUUUUUUGCAUCUAGAGAGCAUGAUGUUUUGUAGUUCAUGAUUUUGGGUAGUGUACCACGAAAUCCCGCAAUCCUUUUGGAAGAAUUAGGUUGUAAAGAGCAGGUCAGAGUUUUUGUUGCAGGAAUCUAAGUUCUGUUGUGGUGUGUAAAUGUGGUAGUCUUGUGUAAAUCAUGGGGUAGAACUAUAAUUAUGUGACAUAUGACAUUUUGUUUGGACAAGUUCCAUUGUAUGUGCAAAUUUCUUUGAUCAAGUUUACUACAAUUGCACACACU